AUGAUAUCAACUGGAAUAAGUUUCUACUGGAAUGAUCGUGUCGCAGCUUGGUCACAGAGAUUAUGGUUGUCCACAGAGAUUGACUCUGUCGUUUCACCUUUGACCUUAUCAAGUACGUCUCAUUGGAUAAAAAGAAAAAAAAAAAGAUUUCCAUCUGCCAUAUGCAAGGACAACACUCAACUGGAAAUCAAUGAUGAAGAACAAAUGAAUGACAAAUUGGAAGUGGGAAAGAAACGCAAAAAGCAUAAAAGUGCGAGUUUACCCGAAUAUGAGACAAAAGAAAUUAAUGAAGGGAUGUUCCUAGAAGGACGAGUUAAUAAUGAUUCAAAACUUAGAUGGCAUCCAUGUCAACAACAUGGACAUUUAUUUGGGUCUAUGAAAAGCAGUUCUGGCUAUAUUGGUAAUCAAGAUGCACAAAGAAUUAUUCGUCUCUACCUUCAUCUUGAUCUCAUUUCCCGUACUAUUAAAGCCCGCGCAAAUAAACAUAAUUAUAUGCGUCGUGCUCAAGCCCGAAUUCGACAACAAAUCUGCAAUCUUAUAGAUGAACAAUAUCGCAAGAUUAAUAUACGGAAAAUGAUGUCAUGGGUCAUAGAAGAUCCCGGAGAGGAGGCAGAAGAGUUUGGAAAAGAAGUUAGGAUAGGUACAAGUUGA